GAAGAAUGAGCCAUGAUCAAAAUUUCACCUUUUUUUUCCCAGCUUUUUCGGGUUCCCUGUGUCAGAACGAAGCGCAAAGCAUGAUGGAUGAUGAACGAUUAGAGCACGUUUUCCAAGAUGGCGAAGCAUCAUCCAGAUUUGAUUAUGUGCAGAAAACAACCCGGUGUUGCAAUCGGAAGACUCUGCGAGAAGUGCGAUGGAAAGUGUGUUAUAUGUGAUUCAUAUGUGCGUCCUUGUACGUUAGUAAGAAUAUGUGAUGAAUGUAAUUAUGGCUCAUAUCAAGGACGGUGUGUUAUAUGUGGAGGUCCUGGUGUAUCAGAUGCUUACUACUGUAAAGAAUGCACAGUUCAAGAAAAAGAUAGAGAUGGUUGUCCAAAAAUUGUCAACUUAGGAAGCUCCAAAACAGAUUUAUUCUACGAAAGAAAGAAAUAUGGAUUUAAAAAGCGAUAGUCUCUUAGAUUAAAAAAAAACGUAGCAACAAUAAGAUUGCAGCAGCUACAUCUGUGUAUUAUCUAUCAAACUGUUGAAUCAAGCUGCAGAACCAAUAUUCCAUUCAUUGUGUCAAGUCAUUGGAUAAUGGCCAUCACACUCCAAUGCUCCAUCAUCUUUUCUGGCACUCUCUGGAACAAUAUUUAAUAUGUUAUAUUUUUGUGAAAAAAAUCUCAAAACUACAGAAAAAUUCAAUUCCAUUUGAUAAGGAAAAGUCUAUAGAUCCCUUGCAUGACCUUGCAGCUCAUAAGAAUGCAGCUACAUCUGGAGGACAAAUACAUCAGUUUAUUGUAGUUCCCUAGAGAGAAAAGAUUUUUUUGGUGUCCUCCAGAGGAAGCUUCUUCAAUGUCGAAUACAAGGAGUGUAUAAAUAUUUCUGUCACUUAUUCUUGUUGUGCAAUCCACAUCAUGAAUAAUUGCAAAAAAAUAAACUUUUAUGGAAACUGUG